AGUAUUCGCAAAAAUUUACCGGUUAACGUAUGCUUGACGGCUUGCUGAUUGCAUUCUUGUGUGGCUUUUUUGAGAAUGAUAUAUAUAGUCUAACUGUAUAAUGAUAACCUUAACAACAACAGCAACUCUAGUCGCUAUGCUGUAAUGUGCAACUGAAAAAAAUACGAUCGAAUGGACAUUUCUAGAAUUGAUAGGGUGGAAUGCUAUGGUACAGUGGUACCGGUACCGGUAUGGUACCGUAUUUCUUAUAAAAGUCUCUUUUCAAGAAGAUGAUUCUGUGUUUGUCAAUUUUAACUUUAAAAGCUAUAAAAAGACUGAGAAAGGCCUUCAUUGACGAAUCUGCUCUCGCGGGAUUUAAUUGGUUUGGUUAUGGGUAAGCGACUAAGCAAAAACAGAAGACGAGAUAGGCCUAGUACACAAAAAAAUAAAAGAAUCAUCGAGUCAUACGGUUAUAGACAAGAGGAUUCUGAACUUGUUCCUCACUCAACUGUUCAUCAACAGAAUACGUCGGUGACUUGCAUAGAUGUGUGGGAUGGGAAUCUUUGCGUUUCUGGAACCUGCAAUGGCACUGUUUCGCUCCAGGACUUCAGUGAGAAUAUUGUCACUCAAACCUGGAGACAUGAGAAAGAGAUAACCAAGGUUCGAAUACAUGAUACCAGAAUACUGUCAGCCUCGAGAGAUAAAACUAUCAAAAUAUGGAAAUCUGGCAUUGCUGUUGAGCAAGCAGGUCAGUUGCUUGGACAUACUUUGGCUGUUACUGCUCUGGACUGCAAUAAAGAAUUCAGUCAAGCAUACUCUGGCUCCAGGGAUAACUCUGUUAGACUGUGGGAUCUUGCGACAGGAGUAUGUACAGAGGAAAACAAAGUAAGCAGAAAUUUGGUCACUGAUAUCUGUAUUUCUUCCGAACAUAAUCUAGUCUUUCAGACAUCUGAAGAUCGUGCUAUAAAACUUUGGGACUCCAGAGAUCUGCAGAUGGUGUAUUCGUUUCCAACACAGAGCCAAAUCCAAACAAGUUGUGAUAUAUCAGGAAACCUAGGGAUAACAUCAAAUAACGGUUUUGAUGGAAGAGGUUGUGAAAUAUGUGUCUGGGAUCUAAGAGAAAGAAAGCUAGUAUGGACCUUAAGGGGUCAUACUGAAAGUGUAACGGAUUGCAAGUUCCUCUCAGAUAAUUGUCAUUUUGUUUCCUGUUCACAUGAUGGCACCGUGAAGUUAUGGGAUCUUCAAGAACACACUAACGGUUCAAUGCAAAUGAUCUCGACGCUUCCUGUCAAUUGUGGAAAUUUGUUGUGUAUAGCUCCACUUGGUAAAUCCAAUAUACUUUGUGGCAGUUGUGAUAAUGGGAUGUUGACUAUCAGUAUCGAAAAUGACAAAUUGUGCUUUGGUUGACCACAUGUUUAGAAAGGAAGCUAAUAUUAUAUGAACAUGGAGUUUUGAAAGAUAAACCGUUUUGUUGCUUUUUUGCCAUGCUGAUAACGUUUUGAAUAAUGAUGUCCCAUCUUGUUAGGACAAGAAUGAUUAAUAUCAAAUACCAUCAAAUUUUAAGCCAGUUUUAUUCUGAAUUAGGCAUUCACAAUUGAAGAUGAAUAACAGUUCAAAAUUAAAUGUCGAUGGCCCCUGGCUUCGGCCUGUGAUGCCUAAUGGCUAGGGCUGGUAAGUGGUAAUAGUUAAUUGGUUAACCGAUUUCAGAUGGUUAACGGUUACGAUUUAUUUUUUAACUGUUAACUGACAUUCUCAUCUUUACAAUGUACAUUUUCUUCAAAAUUGAUUUCAUCUCCUGUGGCGUUUGAUACAAAAGAAUGUCAUUGACUGUAUUGGUGACUGGUGAGUGUGAAUGUGACAAAUAAUUGAAGUGGCAAUAUUGCUGACAAUUUAGAAUCAGUUUUCAGUCGAAAUGUAGCGUUCUCGAUUUUAUUGCACAAGCGUCAAUAUAAUGUCAUCCAACAAGUGCACAGUUUUAUGAUAUCUCAAAGUAGAAUUUGUACAUCGAAAACUGAAAAUUUGUCACAUAAAUGACAUUUAAUAACGGAAUGGGGUUUUACUAAAAUACUCACAUAGGUAUGUCCAAAGCAGACUGCAUUGCAUAUCUCUUGCAGCAGGGCGAUCAUGAAACUAUCUCGAUUCGUGAAUAAUUUCGAGCGAUACCUGGAAAAGAUCACGCGAAAUUGCUUUAUAACCAAUUUGACGUAACAAGCUAAAAUUAUUACUUAUUACGUCAAAUGUCACGCAGCGGUUAGCUGGUUAAUCUUACCCGGUUAACGAUUGAAAUGUUUUACCUGAAAUUACCAGUCCUGCUAAUGACAAAUCCGGCCUUUGUGAUGGUCAUUCUUCAGCUUCCUGUCGCCAGCUGUUAGGAGAUAUUCAUUUAUUCAGGAACAUGAGGUUAUCCUGUGUAAGUUGUAUUAUGCUUAAGUAUACCUAGUUGUAUUAUCUAGUAAUAUUGCACUUAAUGGUGAUGAAUAAUUCUGUCCGCCUAUCGAUUAAAUUAUUCUAUAAUGAUAUAAAUGUAUAAUAAUGAA